AUGAGCGGCUCUCCUUCCAACGGCAUGCCAAAGACCGUCGUGCCGAGCCAGAUUGAACCCGUUGUCAGUGCGGUGGAGGUUACGGAACAGAAUGCAGGGUCCGAUCGCAUCGUGCAAGAGCCCUCCAGGGAUGGCCUAAGUAUCUCAGACAAGGAUUCCGCCUUGUUUCAAGGCGGUGUUCAGCGAGUGAGAGCGAUCACUUCCUUAUGGUCGAAGAAUACGAUGUGGCUCAUGUUCGUGCUUCUUUACCUUGUCUCUUUCGUAGACAUGCUUCUAGUCUCCGUCCAAACCUCGCUGAAUCCAUACAUCACGUCGUCAUUCCAUAAGCACGGCCUACUCACAGUUGUCAGCAUCAUGUCCACCAUUCUCGGCGGCUCCUCAAAGCUCACUCUGGCCAAAAUAAUUGAUAUCUGGGGACGGGUUGAAGGCUUCUUAUUUAUGCUUCUGAUUGUCGUGAUUGGACUGAUAAUGAAGGCUACCUGCAAGAAUAUCGAAACCUACGUCGCGGCGCACACAUUAUAUUGGGUGGGACAUAUUGGUAUGAUGUAUGUGGUUGAUAUCAUGCUGGCCGAUAUGACAACCCUCAAAAGCCGAAUGAUUAUGCUGGGCAUCAACGGAACCCCGAGUAUCGCGAGCACGUUUGCUGGGCCCAGGAUCGCAACUUUAUUCUACAUCAAUCUCGAUUUUCGCUGGGCAUUUGGCGCUUUCGCAAUCAUGAUCACUGGUACUUCCAUUCCUGUUGUGGGUGUUAUGCUGUACAUGCAGCGGAGGGCCCAGAAGGUUGGUAUUUACGAGAAGACGGUCUCUGAGAGGAGUUGGUGGCAAUCUAUCAUUCACUAUUUCAUCGAAUUUGACGUGAUCGGAAUUGUUUUGAUAACGGCGGUGUUUUCCUUGAUUCUUCUCCCCUUCAGUCUUGCCUCGUACGCCCCCAAGGGAUGGGCAAGUGGAUAUAUUGUUGCGAUGGAAGUACUCGGGGUGGUUUGUAUCCCCGCAUUCUAUGCAUGGGAGAGAUACCUUUCUCCCGUCCAAUUCCUCCCUUGGAAGUACUUGAAGGAACCGACUAUCAUUGGGUCUUGUCUUCUAUACUGCGUCAUGUUCACCUCCUGCUUCACCUGGAACAGCUACUUCAGCUCGUACCUCCAAGUCGUCCACAGAUUAGACAUAACAACAGCCAACUACGUCCUCAACGCCUUCUCCCUAACCUCCUACAUCUUCAGCCCAAUCUUCGGCCUUUUAAUCCGUUACACCGGCGAAUUCAAAUGGACCGUGUUCACCGGCAUCCCCAUCCUCCUCCUCGGCACUGCCCUUCUAAUCCCUUUCCGCCAACCCACCACCCACGUCGGCAUCAUAACCAUGACCCAAAUCCUCGUCGGUCUGGGCACAUGUAUAUUCACAGUCUGCGGCCAAUUAGCCAUCAUGGCGCCCGUCACACACCAAGAGAUCGCCGUCGUCGUCGCAAUCUGGGGGUUAUUCGGCUCGAUCGGUGCGGCUGUCGGGUCUGCUAUCGCCGGGGGUAUGUGGAAUAAUAUCCUCCCUAGCGAACUGUAUAAGAGACUCCCUGAUGAGAGUAGGAAUAUCAGCGCUACUAUCUUUAGUGAUAUGGUCAUGCAGAUGUCGUAUGCUGAUGGAACGCCAGAAAGGGAGGCAAUCGUCGGGGCUUAUGCAGAUGUACAGAGGAAGAUGGUUAUUGCGGGGGUCUGUUUUGUUCCGCUUUGCGUGGCGUGUGUUUGGGUUUGGAGGGAUAUCAAUGUGAGGAAGUUGGAGACAGAGCAGACUAGGGGGAAUGUUUGGUAG